AUGGCAAAGCUCGAAAGCUAUUCUAACCUUACCAAGCUUCAAGAAGAUCUUCUCAAGAAAGGUUACUGCUUUGGACAGCUUGCAGCUCUCGCAGUCUACACCAAGCACGAAAGUGGACUUAACACAAAGACCUCCCUAAAACAAGUCAAAUCAACUACAGAUGUUCCUAACAUCACUGGAACCACUUAUUUUAAGUUCACCGACCCUAGGUUCGCUCUUAAGCAAGAAUUCCAGACUUCUCUUCUUUAUAAGACCAUUUUGGAGUUCACCCCUGAAAAGUUCAAGAAUGUUAAAGGAAAGAUUGAGGUUGAAGCAAAAUAAUACAAUGCAGGGUGUUAGGGUGUUAAGGUGUUAGAAAUAAAACAAAAAUAUAUAAGAUGCAUAAAGACAAAUUAAUAUUAAUUAAGAUUAUUGAAGCAAACAGAGCAACUGGUGCUUGCAAACAAACAGCCUCUGUUGAGUGCAGCAGCGAUAAAACCAAAUCAAAAGUUGCUAUAGGCAGUGACCACCUCUUCAAGACUAGCAUCGUAAGGUCUUUUGGAAGCUUCGGAGCUGGGAUUGAUUUUGCUUUUGACUUGAAUACCUGGAGAUUUGGAACUUAUAACGCAGCUGCUUACUAUUUCGCUGAUAAAUAUAUACCAAUUUCUAUUAAUUUCUAUAUUAAUCACUUAUUAUUUUCCCUGUGUUCCCAUUUAAAUCAAUUCAAAUAAAAAAAGACUAUAGAGCUGUCUUAAAGCACAUCAGCACUGAUAAUAAAGCUUACACCUUCGGAAACUUAGUAGGGUCAUUUUAUUUCGUCCAAACAGCCCAAACCAAGUUCGGAGCUGCAGCCACUGUCUCAAGCGCUGGGUUAUCUGAUUUAACUGUAGGUUUCCAGCAUGCUUUGUCAGAUAAUAAGACUUUGAAAGGAAGAAUUAGCAAGAACGGAACUGUAGGGUGGAAUCUUAGAGCUAAAGUCAAUCAAUAUGUGAGUGUCACAACUGCAAAUCAGUUCAAUCUUAAGUCAUUCUGCUCAUCAGAAAACCCUAACUGGCAACUUGGACUUAGAGUUAAAAUUAACCAAUAA